AUAUAUAUAAUUUAUUUUUCAUAUUUAAAAAUAAAAUAUCUAUUAGUCUUAAAUUUAUUGAUUUUUAUACACGAAACAUAGUUUCACAUAAAAUAAUAUGGUAUUUUCUUUCUAAAAGAAAAUAAUAUAUUUUUAAAUCUAACAUUUAAAACUAAAAUAAAUAUAACAAAAACUAAUGAGUUGUGAUUAGAACAAAAAAAUAGUUGUUCCCUUUAUUUCUUCGAACCGAGUCAGAGUCAACUAUCAUGCUCGAAUCCUAAGAUUAGUAAUGCAUUUUUUGUUUGUUCACAACAGCAUAAUACAUUCCAUUUUGCAGUAAAUUUUGCAGUGAGGUUGGAGAUGCUCUAACUCUCGUACUCGGCCCAUCUGCGUGUUCUCAGGCCUAGAUGUAUAAACGUCCACUUCUACACGAGGAAGAUGAAGUGAUAUGGAAAAACUUUGAGAAUAAAGUUUUAAAUGAUGUAGAAAAGGAUUGAAAGAUGAGAAGAUGUGACCUGGAAGGCUAGAAGCCUAGAACUAUGGCAGGAGAAGAAAAAUAAAAAAUCAAUUGAGGUAAUUUAGAAACAUGAAGGAUAAUCAUUUAUGAUAGAUAAAAGACAAAAUGAACCAUGUUGUCAACAAAAAAAAGACCAGUUGAACCCAAUCAGUUUCUUCUCUGCGUUAUUAACCCCAACUUGCAGCACGAUGCACGUCUUUUCCACAGUUUCGACGAAACGGUGAACUUUUCUUCCCCGCGUUAUUGUCCCCAACUUCCAGCACGAUCCACCUCUUUUUCACAGUUUCAAGCGUCGCUGGCUAUUGAUUAUAUAUAUAUAUAUAUGUGUGUUUUGCUAAGUUUGUAACUGCAACAAUCCAGUGUCUUGAGCAAGAUUCUCCUACCAAGUUCAGAUUAGCUUAACUAUCAAGUCAAUGGGGGCUGUUGGAUUAGUCUCUCAGCUACUGUUGAAAUAUUCAAGUUCCGAUGAGGAUGAAACCAACGAACGAAGCAUGUGUUUGUACACAUCCGCUUGUGAAGAAGAUCCAGAGCUCAAGUCAUUUGGUUCUUCGCUUGACCGACAAUUUAGCGAGUUGAAGACCUCGCUCGGUCUUACAGGAGGCAAGACUGAAAACUAUCCCAUAAACGCAGUCAAAUCGGUGUGCGGGUUUCUAGUUGAAAUGAACCAAAAGAUGGGCGAGAGCAUUCUCGCCAGCAAAGAUGCAUUUAAGAACGAAGAGCUAAGGUCUUUGGUUGAUCUCUAUUAUGAGAGUUCCACGAAGACUUUAGAUCUAUUUAAUACAGUGGGGAGCUCCGCCAAUAAAGCAAAAUUAAGCAUUGUGAUCAUCCGAACGGCGAUCCAACAGUUCGAAAAAGAGUCCAAGGACACAGAUCUUGGAGGAAACAAGAAGAAGUACGAGGAUACAUUAGAGGAGCUGAACAAGGUUAAAGCUAUGGGAGAUCCUUUUGGUGACGAGUAUAAGAAUCAGAUGAAGUCUGUACGCGAGGAGCAGCUUAUUCUUUUAGAGAAGUUCCAUGAGCUGGCGGUGAAGCUUGAUAGUAAAAAGAAGAUAUUAAAGAGAAAGAGGAGAUGGGUGACUAUUGUUUACGCUACUGCGGCUAUGUCUUUUUUGGCUGUAGAGAUUUGUCUAUUCAUAGUCAUACCUCCGUUGGGGUUGUAUACUGCGCUUGGGGUUGCGACUGGGUUGAACUACGUGAUUGGAACUGUAGGAGUAUUGGUCCAUAAGGUGUUGAAGAAACGUGAGAAGGAUUUGGAUAAACAGAAAGAGGUGGUCAAUAAAAUGAAGGACAACACGAAUGUCAACAUCCAAGCGACAAAUACGAUACAUAGCCUAGUCGAGAAGCUUAUUAACAGUCUCUCGUUGAUUUUAGGGUCAGUGGAGCGUGCUGUGGUGAAAAAAGAAGAGGAGGCCGUAAAACCUGUGAUGGACCUAAUCCGUGACGAAGUGGAUACGUUUGCUACGGCAAUCAAGGAAGUUGGUGAAGCUGUGGCUACGUGUAGCACAUGUGUGGCUUCUGGGAAACUGCAAGUUCUGGAACACAUAACCAAUUCAAUGUCAUCGAAAGGGAAGAAACUACACGUUUUGGAACGCAUAACCAAUAAAAUGUCAUCGAAAGGGAAGAAGAAAUAAACUAUCCAAUGCCUUUGGGAAUGAACCCACGAUUAUCAGAAAAAAAAAACUAUUCAAUGUAUUUAUACUUUUAUAUUAAUGUUUGAAGUGUGCGAAACUCUUGUUUUAUGUGUGAAUCAUAAUUGGCUUUACGUCUUAUUGUCCUUUCAGUUUGUCAUGUCGGCCAUAUCCAUCAUAUACGAUAGGAUCGGUUUAUGUACGUUUAAACAAAUUAAUAUUGUAUUAUAUAUAUAUAUAUAUUUGUUUUUUUUUAAAUGAAAUUUAAAAUUUAUUGAUCAGAA